CACAUGCUGUUAAGUGUUGCUGGAGUCACAGAGUAGACUGAGGGUCAUUUGUGCCUCUGCUGUUUGCUAUUAAAAGCAGCUGUGAUUUGCCGUCUCGGAGCUGACUUUGGUGAUCUCGGAAGACAUGGAUGAAUUGCAAGAUGUCCAGUUAACAGAGAUCAAACCUCUUCUGAAUGAUAAGAAUUCAGCUCGAAAUUUCCAGGACUUUGACUGUCAGGAGCAUGACAUUGAGACAGCUUUUGGAGUUGUUCAUGUCACUCUCCGUGGGACACCAAAAGGGAACAGGCCCAUCAUCCUCACAUACCAUGAUAUCGGACUCAACCAUAAAUCCUGCUUCAAUGCUUUCUUCAACUUUGAAGACAUGCAGGAGAUCACACAUCACUUUGCUGUGUGUCAUGUUGAUGCACCUGGACAGCAGGAAGGGGCUCCCCCUUUCCCUUCCGGAUUCCAGUAUCCCACAACUGAUGAACUAGCUGAAAUGCUCCCUGCUGUUCUUACACACUUGAGUCUCAGAAGCAUAAUUGGUAUUGGAGUUGGAGCUGGUGCUUACAUUCUCAGCCGGUUUGCAUUGAAUCACCCUGACUUAGUGGAAGGCCUCGUGCUUAUUAAUAUUGACCCAUGUGCAAAAGGAUGGAUGGACUGGGCAGCAUCCAAGUUUUCUGGGUGGACAACUAACAUUGUGGACAUUGUCCUGAGUCACCUUUUUGGUCAGGAAGAACUGCAAGCUAAUCUGGACCUCAUCCAGACCUACAGACUUCAUAUAGCACAGGACAUUAACCAGGAAAAUCUUCAACUCUUCCUCUCCUCCUACAAUAGCCGUAGAGAUCUGGACAUUGAGAGACCAGUCUUGGGUGUGAAUGAAAAUACAACAAAAACGCUCAAGUGUCCUGCCUUAUUAGUGGUUGGGGAUAACUCGCCGGCGGUUGAAGCUGUGGUUGAGUGCAAUUCACGGCUGGAUCCAGCAAACACAACAUUUUUGAAGAUGGCAGACUGUGGAGGGUUGCCUCAGGUUGUUCAGCCCGGGAAAUUGACUGAAGCCUUCAAGUACUUUGUGCAAGGAAUGGGCUACAUCCCUUACGUGCAGCUCAGCCACCUCAGCACUGAGUCAGUGCCGUCUGCUAGUAUGACCAGGCUGAUUCGUUCCCGGACCCACUCUUCUUCGAGCGUAGGCUCUGGUGAGAGCGCCCAGACAAGAUCUCAGACCAACAAACCAGGAGAGGUGACAACUAGAAUGCCUGAAGCAGCUGACAUUCGUGACUCUCCUCAGACUAUGGAAGUAUCCUGCUAAGCAAGCACUCCUCUUGUGUAUGCAGACAAGCCCCUUUCCUUUAUUCUGAACCUACCCAGAAUCAGUGUUCACCCAGAAAAGUGGCAUUAACAGUUUUUUCCUAACUUGUGCCUGCCCAUCCUAGCUGUCAUCUUCUCACCUGUCUGUUGGACAUUGCUUUGGGUUCUUUUAAAAACAAAACAAAACUGGCUAUGGGAACAUUAACUGCUAACAUUCCAUUGGUGCUAGAGGAGAGAAUCGCUGUAUAUACUGACGCCAUCCUUUUCCCUUGGUUUUUGUGCUGUUAAACCAGAUGAAAGUGUUGGGCCCAUUUUAAUUUAAGUAACCAUUUCUGUGGCUUGUGUAGUUAAAAUUGCUUUCUAGUUGUGCUUCUGCCUGAAGGGUGUUAGGGCUCUUGGCUGCAGUCUUCACAAUGGCUUUGAGGUAGGGAUAAAGGGAGAAGUCAAUGUUUUUGUUGUUUUAAUUUCAGGGAUGGGAUUUCGAUCCUAUACUGUUAAACUCAGAAUGCACCCUAACAUAUUGCAUCAUUAACAGGCUUACAGGAAAGUUUAGGUCUUAGAACUGAAUGGAAGAAACCAAAAGGUUUUCUGUCUGCAAGUGAUCACCCACCAAGGCCUGUGGGGCCAUGGUGUUUUUUUAAAAGGGCAAGGCUUCUGAUGAGCCUAAUUCUCACUAACUGUUGCAUUAUUCAAUACAGUAUAAGGGUUUAUACACUACAGUAGCCUGUAGGGAUGAGGUUUUUUAAUUAGGAUGGCUUUUACAACUCCAAAGGGAAUUAGUGCUUUCUGUACUAGGAUAAGCUUAAGACCAAGUUUGAAGCAGUAAUCUUCUGUUGUGACAACUAUAUCAUAUUACAUAAAUUGCUGUAAUUACAUACAGGUGUUAGACAAUCAGUCUAAAACUAAAGCUGAAGAUACAGAAAUAUUUAUUCCAUUCGUGCAAAGAGAAUGUUUGGGACGCCCUAGACAGCUUAUGCCACAGUAAAUCUGUUGCACUUUAGGGCACAACAAUGCUCCUGAUGUCCACAUAGAUUGAAUAACAUAUAUUCCAUUAUCAGCACAGAUACAUCUGAUGAAAUUACAUAAUAUAAAUUCUGUUCCUGAAACACAGAUGGAGACAUCCAGUCUAGAUCCAAAUAGACAUACCACAUCCAGUCUAACUGCUGAAACUAUUCCCCCCCCUCCCCCCAAUUUUGGAUAGAUCAGGAAUCGGAAAAUAGUUGUAACUAGCUUGGUGCACAAAUAAUGUUACAUUUACCAUGUUUAUUCUGUGAAGAUUUCUGUAGUUUGGGGGGGGGGCGUGUUUCCCCAUUUUACUGAUAAUUUUCCAUCCUAAAAGAUUAGGAACUUGUUUUAGCAAUCCGUCGUGGUUCUCUAGAAGGAUAAUGAUGAUCUCAAGUGUUCAAGUACCAGUCUAGCUGAGACAUCUUGUUCGUAUUCACAGGAAAAAAAUUAACCAGUUUUUGACCUGGUCAGUUCUGAUUUAAAGAUACAUCUUACAUGUAGCUUUGAAUAAUCUUUGGCCAUUUUUGUAGCCUCUCCUUGAGCAGAUGUAUUGCUACAAAGGCUUUUUAAAAAUUGGGUCUGUAACUUCUUGUUCUUGCAUUGUAAAGUCUUCAGCUUAUAUAAAGAAUGGCAAAGGGAAUGCAUUGAUGUACUGUAUGCUGUAAUAUCCUACUCUGUUUGAAGCCUAUUUUUAUAUUUUCAUAGGCUGAUACAAAACUUGAUUGUCUGACAAAAAUGGUGUUCCUUGCAGGACUGUUUGCCUUUGGGAUUUAGGCAAUUUCCAAACAAAUUUGGAAUUCAAAAUAAGUGGCUUUUUUGUUGUUCUGGCUGGACUGCAGAAGACAAGAGGAGUGUGAUGUAGCAGGGGACAAGAGAGAACUGCUGAUGGAAUGGGGACAUGCAGCUGAUAUUCUUGAAGUCAUGGCAGAAUGUCUACUUUUCCCUAUUGCACCCUACUGGCCCAUGCUCCGCGGAAGAGAUUAUAUUUGGCUCUGUUUCAGGCAAGAGGUAGGAC